AUGAUGACACCUCCCAACUUUGUUUUCUAUGUGACAUGUCUGAUGUUGGGAAAUAUAGUUCAGUUGACUCAACAGAAUUUCUCGGUAACUCAUAAGCAAGAGAGACAGUUUGUAUCAGCUAUUGUUGGUCAACGCUUGACUUUACAAUGUUUCUAUGAAGCCAACGAUGCAACAAGGUUCUACUGGUACAAGCAGAGUCUUGGACAGAAACCAAAGCUCAUCUCUACUCAGUAUGUAUUUAAAGCAAAUGGGACUUUUCAUGAUGAAUUCAAGAACAAUCCACGCUUCACCCUGGAUACAGAAAUAGGGAAAAACCACUUGUAUAUAACAGACUUGCAGAAGUCAGACUCAGGUACUUACUACUGUGCAAGGCGGGUUUCUUUAGUCCUAGAAUUUGCAGAAGGCACUACUGUCAGUGUAAAAGGUUCAGGAUUAAACAUCAAAGCUUUAGUGCAGCAGUCAGCAUCUGAGACCAUCCAGCCAGGAGGCUCUGUGACUCUGAACUGUACAGUACACACUGGGACCUGUGAUGAAGAUCAUAGUGUUUACUGGUUCAAAGACUCUGGAGAUUUUUACCCAGGACUUCUUUACACCCAUGGAGGCAGGAACGAUCAGUGUGAGAAGAACGAACAAACAUACAACUGCACUUACAACCUGCCAGUGAAGAGCAGAAACGUAUCUCAUUCCUGUACCCAUUCCUGUGCUGUUGCCUCAUGUGGACACAUACUGUUUGGAAGUGGGACAAAACUGGACUUUGAAGAUAAUCGUGCUUCUUUCUGGACUUUCUGGAGUGGUGCCUUUGCAUUUACCUCCAUCCUGAGUGUACUGCUGGCUUUCUUACUGUGUAUGAGCGAUAACUGUGGCUGUGAAUCUUCAGAGGGUUUCCAAACAUCAGAAAAGCUCAUUUUUGCUGUUUCAACUGUCAACCUGUGCAACCGAUCAAAAAGUCAGAGAGAUCAGACCUGGAGUGAAUGUGCGUACUACAGUGUGAGGCUACAGUAG